AUGGGCCUCUUCCUCCUUAACACCUUUCUAUGCUUUGUUAAUAUAGCGGCAGCCAGUAUAUUUGAAUAUCAGGCAGAAACCCAGCCUCUUCGUCCUUGUGAACUUCAGAGGGAAAAGGCCUUUCAGCGAGGGGAAGAUUAUGUCCCCCAGUGCUCGGAAGAUGGACAGUUCAGGAACAUACAGUGGAACAAACUGCAGUUUUCUUGCUGGUGUGUAGAUGAGAAAGGCACAGAGCUACCGGGCAGCAAACAGAACGGUUCUUCCAUUGCUUGUUUGUCCUUCUGCCAGCUGCAAAAGCAGCAGAUUUUGAUCAGCCGCUACAUCAAUAGCAGUGCAACGCCCUACAUCCCACAAUGUCUGGAUUCUGGGGACUUUGACCCGAUACAGUGUGACGUGGGCCUGCGGCAGUGCUGGUGUGUGGACACGGAAGGGAUGGAAAUUUAUGGCACAAGGCAGAGAGGGAAACCAACACGAUGCCCUGGGAAAUGUGAGAUCCGAGACCGUCGUAUUCUGCACGGCGUUGGGGAAAAGAGUCCGCCGCAAUGCUCAGCUGAUGGGGAAUUUCUGCCUGUCCAGUGCAAAUUUGUCAACAGGACAAACAUGAUGGUUUUUGAUCUCCUUCAUCAUUUUAACAGAUUCCCGGAAGCGUUCCUGACGUUCAGUUCCUUUAGAACUUCUUUCCCGGAAAUCUCCGGCUACUGCUACUGUGCAGACAGUUUGGGGCGGGAGCUGGAAGAGACAGGUCUGGAAAUGUUACUUGACAAUGUUUACGACACAGUUUUGGCAUCAAUGGAGCCUGCACAAACCUUCCACGAAACCAGCAUGUACAGGAUCCUGCAGAGGCGUUUUUUGGGAGUGAGGCUGGCGACAUCCGGAAGGUUCAGAUGCCCCUCCAAGUGCGAAACGGAGAGGUUCUCUGCAGUCCGUUUUCAGCAGAGUUAUAGGCCAUCGUGUGAUGAAAGUGGAGCCUUCGAAUCAACACAAUGCCUGCCAGAUGGCCAAUGCUGGUGUGUGGACUCCAAAGGGAAAGAGAUCCUGGGAACAAGGAGUCACGGGCAGCGUCCUGCUUGUGGUGACGAACAUGCCUGUGCCUCUGAGAGACAAAGAGCACUCUCUGCCCUUUUCUACGGACCGGUCGGACACUUCAGCCAGCACCAUUUGUUCUCUGCUGCAGAGGAACCCCAGAAAACAGCCAAGUUCUCAAGAUCUUGUCCUCCUUCGCUGAAGGAACUCUUUGUGGAUUCUGGGUUGCUGUCAUCUGUCAUCGACACGCCAGAUGCUUCUCAGCUGCUUGCCCUUGAAUCCAUCCUUAGUGAGGCUAUCAGGGGGUUGUUUCCUUCAAGAGAGCUCGCUCAAGUCGCCCUCCAGUUUACCAGCAACCACAAACGGUUCCAAGAAAACCUUUUUGGGGGGAAGUUCUUAAAGAAUUUGGUUCAGUUUAACUUCACUGGAGCCCUUGGCACAAAUGGCAAAUUUAAUUUGGAACAGUUUUUCCAGCAGAUUGGGAGGAGCGACGGAUUUGCUGAACCAACUCGGCAGAUUGCAUCGAAAGUGCCGAACUUCAGUUUGAGCCAACCUCUCAUCAACAGUUUCGGCCAGACUGUUAAUUUGCAAGACAAUCAGAAUGCUGUCAAAUUUCUUGCGUCUGUCCUUGAAGCCCCCGAGUUUUUCACUUUUCUGCGGCAUAUCAUUUCCAUCCCUGAAAGUAUCGCUGAAGAUUUAGGCGACAUUGUAAAAAUAGUGUUACGAUCCCAAGACUGCAAAGAGCAGGCCAAAAAUUUGUUUGUCCCGGAGUGCACCGAAGAGGGGAAGUACAAAGAUAUCCAGUGCUACGCAGGGGACUGCUGGUGUGUAGAUUCAAACGGUAAAGAAAUCUCUGGAUCCAGAGUUCAUGGCACACAUCCAAAGUGCCCUACGUUGUGUGAAAAGCAAAGGGACAGUUUGCAACAAUUGAAAAGAAUCCAGCCUGCAGGAUCUGAUCUCUUCGUUCCUUCCUGCACCCCGGAGGGAAAAUUCCUGACAGUUCAGUGCCACGGAAGAAAUUGCUUCUGCGUCAAUUCAGAAGGCAGGACAAUUCCAGGAAUGGCAAAUACAAUACAGCCCAUACAAUGCCCAAGCGACUGCCAACUCGCAGGCGGAGAGGCUUUUCUAAGUACUGUACGGCAGCUACUGUUGGAUCCCACACCUCUGCGUCAGCUCUCUAGUGUUUACAUCCCGCAAUGCAGCCGUGAUGGUCAAUGGAGGCGUGUCCAAUGCGAUGGUCCUCCUGAACAAGCAUUCGAAUGGUACCAAAGGUGGAUCACCCAAAAUAAUAAUGGCACACCUCUCUCUUUUGGUGACUUGAUGGCCAUCCUCCUCAACUACAAAGAGAGAUCUCAACCAAGCUUUGAAGCCUUCAUCAAAGCCCUCUAUGAAGCUGGCCACCAGAAUGUCUUCCCAGAGUUCUCCAGAUUUCCUUCCUUCAAUGAUGUGCCACAUGACAUCCGAGAAGGCAACAUUACUGUGGCUUCAUCAGAGAACGUUCUUCUGGAGCCGUUCACUUUCUGGCAGCUUCUUCAGGGCCAGCUUAUCCAUUAUCCAGGGUCUUACAGUGAUUUCAGUCACCCGCUAGGACAUUUUGACCUUCGCAGAUGUUGGUGUGUGGAUGAACAGGGACAAAUGCAAGGAAGCAAAGCUGAAGUGAACGAGUUUCCAGGCUGUCCCAGAGCAUGUGCAGCUGUCCAGCAAGAAGCAAUGCGAUUUUCUGAGAAAGUGGAGCAGCUUAUCCGGGAGUCCAGCAGCUCCCACUUUCCUUUUGGGCAGAGCUUUUUAAUGGCAGAAGGGCUCACGCUGACGGAGGAUGAGCUCUUAGAUUAUUCUCAGCCGGGGAUCACAUUUUCAGAAGGAUUGUUAACAGGAGGGGAGUACGCCAUCCGGCUGGCUGCACAAUCCACUUUGCAUUUCUACUGGCGAAACCUCUUUGCCUCACGCGGUUCUGCAGGGGAGGCUACGCAUUUGGGACUUCAGCCUUACGUCCCACAAUGUGAUGGGCUGGGAAACUGGGAACCAGUUCAGUGCUAUGACAGCUCAGGUCAUUGCUGGUGUGUGGAUGAGAGAGGACGUUAUGUGUUGGAUUCUCUGGUGACCCGCUCAGCUCAGCUGCCACAGUGUCGGACACCGUGUCAGCGCUCUCAAACAAAUGCGUUGAUUUCGAGCUGGAGGCAGAAUGCGUCGAAACGUGACAUGACUUCAGCAGACCUGUUUACACCUUCCUGCCUAGAGACCGGGGCAUAUGCUAUGCUACAGAAGUCAGAGACCGGGGCCUGGUGUGUUGACCCUGCAUCAGGAGAAGUUCUCCAAGGCAGCAGUCUAGAUUCAAAGGGCAGGGUUCACUGUCCCGGUUACUGCAGCAUGCUGAAGUCCAAAGCUCUCUUAUGGGAGCUUGGUAGAGGCUACAUCCCUCAGUGCGAAGGCAGCAGUGGGAUCUUCUCCCCCAUGCAAUGUGACGACAACAAGGAAAGUUGUUGGUGUGUCUUUGAGAAUGGAGGGGAGGCUCCUGGGACAAGAGACAGCAACCGGGGGCCUGCGUGUGAACGUCCUCGGUGCCAUUUGCCUUUUGAUGCCCCUGGCAUCAUCAAUGGGGGAGUCUUUUGCAACAACGUGUCCUCUGCGACUUCAAAGACUCAGGAAUGUCGGGUGAUUUGCUAUCCGGGCUUUUACCCGACUUUUUCCCGUGGGGAGAUGCUGCUCUGCGAUGUGGAGACCGGCCUCUGGGAAGGAGAUCCUCCCCAUUCGCAAACUUGUCAAAAGCUCCAGCCAUUCCAGAGUGUCCAAACUCAAAGUCGCUUUCAGCUCCUGCUGCCUCCUGAGAAGGCCUGCAGUCCUGAUUACUCCGGGUUGCUAGAAGCCUUCCAGAUCUUCAUUCAGGAUGAGAUGGAGGCCCGCGGGCUUUGUCAUAUUCAGGUCAAUGCCCUUGAACAUCUGGUUUCGGUUCCUGUUUGCGGUGAUUCUGCUGUUCGUGUAGAGUGUUUGGCUGUGAACCGUUUGGGAGUGAACGUCACGUGGAGAGCUUUGCUCGAGGAUGUCCCAGCAGCUUCACUUCCUGAUUUACACAACAUUGAAAAAGCUAUGGUUGGUGAUCUCAUCGGGCGCUUUGAAACACUCGUCAGAAGUGGUGGCUUUGUCUUCCAUUUGGACUCGAAGCGCUUCCAAGCGGACACGUCCAUCACCUUUCUCAGAGACGUCGAUUUCAACAUAUCUUCCAGAGUUCACGUUGGAUGCAAGAGUGGUUUCCGAAAGGCACUGACUGCAGAAGAGGUGGCCCCAAAUUCCCGGGGGUGUGUUGUCUGCCCUCCAGGUGCCUACUUCCAGACUGGCCAUUGCAUUCCCUGCCCCUCUGGAUUCUAUCAAGAACAGACCGGAAGCCUGUCCUGCAAUAAAUGUCCUUUGGGAAAAACGACUGUCUCCAUCGGAGCUUUUAAAGCCGAGCACUGUGUAACUGCCUGCCAGAUGGAUGAACGAGAUCUGCAGUGUGAUGAAGAUGGCCAGUAUAUACCUUACUUUGAAGAUCCUGCUACCAAUAAGUCUUUCUGCGUUGAUAGCCUUGGAAAGAUCUUGGAGUGGACUGAAACAGAUGGCCCAAUAACAGUCUCCUGGUGCCAAGUUCUCGGACGUUUCGAGAGAGUUCCUGCCACCAAGCUUUCCAUUCUGACAGAUGAGCUGGAAACAAUUCGGUCUGAAAUCUUCCGAGGAGAGCCUGACAGCGCACUUUGGCCGUGUGCUGUGGAGUGCGAGGAGGACGAGUCGUGUGGGUUUUUCGCAUUAUCUGCUGCAGAGACAGGCAUGCUGUGCGAACUGUAUGGCGCUGAUGAAAGUAACUACAAUUGCUCUGCUUCUGGACUGGCUGAAGGUGUGUGGGACAACUCUGCCACAACUCGCAUUGCUCAUCUCAGCUGCCUGAUUAAAGUACGAAGCCAUGAUCAAGACGCAGUGGGAGUCUACCUGAAACAAGGGCAAGAAUUCACAACAGCUGGAGUCAAGACCUUUGAGAUGACUGAUUUCCAGGAUGUUGUUUCUGGCGUGUACCGGAAUCUGGUUCUCUCCGCAGCUGAAACAUCUUUGACCGACGUUCAUCUGUUCUGCCGCCAGGCCUGCAGCCAAGAUGCGUGCUGUGAUGGCUUUAUCUUGAGCCAGGUCAUUUUGAACGGAGGGAGUAUCUUGUGUGGGCUUAUGAGCUACCCUGAUGUAUUCAUCUGCAAUAACAAAGACUGGGAUGGAUCUACAACACAUGGGAGAGAAGACCGGUGCCAAAGAGAGAAGUACGAUGAAGGCAGGAAGGAGUACACGUUCCGGCUGGGAGGCCAGGUGCUCACAGGAACUUCUGAGGUCACAAAAGAAAAGGAUAAUUCUUUUGUCAGCUUUCAGCGUGUCUAUCUAUGGAGAGAUUCUGAUAUGCUUACCCGAACGAGAUCCGCUGGAUGUGAUGUGGCUGCUUUCCAAAUACAGACAGAGUCAGAAUUGACAGCUUCUGCACUGGAACUCUUUUCCUUGAUGGAAAGCAGCCAAAUCCAGAUUGACCAACAUCGUUCUCUGCCAUCCCAAGAGUACUGGAUCUUCAGGCACAAAUACUCAGCGGAGCAGGCCCGCCUAUGGUGCCUUACACGUUGCGCAGAAGAUGAAUUCUGUCAUCUCGCCGACAUUCCAAAUGUCACAACCCAAACGUACUUUCCUUGCACCCUCUAUCCUGUGGCCCAGGUCUGUGAUAAUAUCAACAACGUCCCUGAAAACUGCCGCACUGUGUUACCUCAGAAGCCAAACAUUUUAUAUCAGAAAAAGGUCUCUCUAGCAGGGAGUGUAAAGAACUUCUACACUCGUUUGCCUUUUGGCAAAGUUUCAGGAAUCUCAGUGAGAAACAAGACAGAUGUGUCUGGGAAGACUGUUGGAGAUGGGUUCUUUGACUGCGAACGCCUCUGCGAUUCAGAUCCAUGUUGCACGGGCUUUGGACUUCUAAAUGCUUCCCAAGCAACAGAUGGCAAAGUCUUAUGCUUAAUCCUGAAUAAUUUGGGAAUCCAAACCUGCAGUGAAGAACUAAGGAAUGACUGGCGGGUUUCCGACUGUGCACCUCUGCAAGCAGAAGCCAGGAUCCAUCCCUUUGGCUGGUAUCAAAAAGGAGCUGACCGCAUGGCCAAUGUCCCCAGCGUGUGCCCAGCUGUUCAUUUACCUGGAACAGAAGAAAACGUGUCUUUGGACAAGUGGCAAAGUCUAGACAGUUCCUCAUUUCUUGUUGAUUCUUCCAUUUCACAAUUCGAUAUUGUGCACCUCAGCAUAGAAGCCGCCAAUGAUUUCGCUUCUGCUCGAGACUUUUGCCUUUCAGUCUGUUCCAAGAACAAAUUUUGCUUGGUGACUACUCUGGAAAUACGGCCUUCAGCAACACGGUGCAUGUUCUACCCAGAAACACAGAGCUGCAGGCUUAGCCUCCAAGGACACCUCUGUCAGCUCUUACUCAAAGAACCGGCUACAUAUAUCUAUCGCAAAAAAGAUGCAGUCUCAUCCAUCACUGAAAAUAAUGGCACCGUGGCUGUGAGCAUCUCUUCACAAGGAGUUUUGUACGGUGCUUCUAAAGUCAUCCAAGUAGGCUCCAACUGGAAGAGUAUCCGUCAGUUCCUUGGGAUUCCAUACGCAGCACCUCCCCUGGCAGAGAACCGCUUCCGUCCACCGCAGGUUUUCACUUGGGUGGAAUCCUGGAAUGCGACCACGACUCGGGCUAGUUGCUGGCAGCCUGGAGAUGAUGAAGUCAGUCCUUCAUCUGUCAGUGAAGACUGCUUGUAUUUGAACAUCUAUGUCCCAGAUAACAAUGAUGGAAAUCUAUCUGUGCUGGUGUUCUUCCACAAUGGUGGUGCGGGGGACAGCGGCCAAACGAGAACCCUUGUCGAUGGCUCGUUUUUAGCCGGCGUUGGCAAUAUCAUUGUUGUCACUGCAAAUUACCGGGUUGGAGUCUUUGGCUUUCUGACCACUGGUUCUUCUGUGGCAAGUGGCAACUGGGGCCUGCUGGACCAGGAAGCGGCUCUGAAAUGGACACGGGAAAACAUUGCAAGUUUCGGAGGAGACCCCAGCCACAUUACAAUCGCAGCCGAUCGCAGUGGAGCGGAUGUCGCCAGCCUUCACCUGGUUACAGGGGCCGUAGACUCGGGGCUUUUCAAGAGGGCAUUGCUGAUGGGAGGCUCUGCUUUCUCUCCAGCCUCGACAAUCAGCAAGGAGAAAGCGCGGGAGCAGGCUGCCGAUUUGGCUGCUGAGUUUGGCUGCCCUUCAGACAACAGUGAAGAAAGUCUCUCCUGUCUCCGCCAGCUGCCUGCCAAAGCUCUCAAUGAUGCACAAACCAGGCGACUUGCUGUAAGUGGACCCUUUCAGUACUGGAGCCCAGUGGUGGAUGGUGUCUACCUUCAGGAACCUCUAACAUCAGCCGUACAACGCUCUCGAGCCGUGAAGUUGGAUCUGCUCAUUGGAAGCUCUCAAGAAGAUGGGCUGAUCAGCCGAGCAAAGGCAGUUAAGAAAUUUGAAGAAAGGCAAGGCCGUGCUAACAGCAAAACAGUCUUCUACCAGGCUCUCCAAAAUUCCUUGGGAGGAGAGGACUCCAAUCCCAUGGUACAGGAUGCGGCCUCCUGGUUUUAUUCUCUCCAGCACUCAUCCGAUGAUUAUGCAUCAUUCUCCAGGGCUUUGGAAAAUGCUACAAGGGACCAUUUCAUCAUUUGCCCAACAAUAGAGAUGGCCAGGAACUGGGCAGGUAGCAGCAGAGGAAAUGUCUUCAUGUACCAUGUACCAGAGAGUUCUUCCUCGAGCAGUUCAAGCCAGGAGCUCUCGCCGGAUAUUCAGUAUUUUUUUGGAUUGCCCUUCUACCCCCAAUACGGAAACCGAUACAGUCUGGAAGAGAAGACUCUUUCCUUGGCCGUAAUGCAGUACCUGGCCAACUUCAUAAGAUCUGGAAAUCCUAACAGGCCUUAUGCAUUCUCAAGAAAAGCAACUGGUCACGCAGUACCCUGGCCUAUGUUCCGAGCAGAUACCGGUGGAGAUAAUUAUAAAGAAUUCACUGCUUCUCUAAAGAACCGCAAAGAGUUGAGAAAAGCCGAAUGCUCGUUCUGGUCUGAUUACGUCAAGACGCUCAAAGCUUCUUCAGGCUGCAGAAGAGAUCAGCCAAUCACAAGCAAAGCGAGCGACCCAUUGGCUGGAGAAUCCGUUCCUAAAUCCACUCAGACAAAGCCUCCAGAAGAGAAGGUGGCCUACAGCAAAUAGAACAUUUCAUUUUCAUCUUUUUUUGGACUCUUUGCAUAUUCCACAAUAGAGAGACCAACACCUCCAUAUCUGUGCAGAUUAUUAAAAUUUCCAGUUUUGCCUUCGUGCAAAAACAGGCAAGAUUGUUAAAAGUGUGUCUUGUGUCAGGAGAUGGCUCCAUCCAUGGGAGGAAAUUACCGUCAUUAGCCAAACAGAUCCGAGGGAUCCAGUGCAGGAGAUCUACAAUGUUGAACAGAAAAUUCUCAAAGUGUACAAAAUUAGGAGCUACAUGACAAAGGUCCAGAUUUCCUUGCCAACACAACUGCAUGCCUUUCAAAAUCUGACAAAAGGGAACACUUGUUUAUUCAACAAAGAGUUCAGAGAAGGGUAGCGAGCCGGGCAACCGCAUGAUCCGUUUCCAUGGGGUUUGCUGAAAUGCUCUUCUGAAACAUUUUUGAAAUGAUAACUUCAAAAGAUGCACUUCCUCACACCAUCACAAUUCAU